AUGAAGAAUACAGAGCAAGUGUACAAUAAUAGAAGAAAUAAAAGCAAAAGUAUUGCAAAUAAUGGCAUUCAUAAGUCGGGUGACAAUCAACGCAAGCAAUGGGCGACCCGUAACGAUGGUUUGCGUCCACACCCGUCGUGGCAUAUCGUACUCACCUGUUAUCUCACGUUUGCAAUCCUUAUCGCCUUCGGAUAUAUCAAUGAGUUUCUCACAUAUAUUGGACUCAAACGAAAUAAAGCCAUUUCAGAAACCAAUAGAGAAGGUUACGCGUGUCUGUACGGCACGUGGCAGAGCUUCUUCACCCGAUACAUCUAUAGGAGAGUAUGCGAUGCCUUUAGUCAACCCAUAUGUUCAGUACCCGCCGGUAAUGUCCACGUCUUAGACAGAAAGUCCGACGAUUAUAAUCUCACAUUUAGACUAACGGGUAAUAAAACAAAUGCAAUUAAUUUGGGUUCAUAUAACUACUUGGGUUUCGCCCAAAAUACCGGCUCCGGCACCGAUCGGGUCUUACAAACAGUGCAUAAGUAUGGGAUCGGAAUUGCGUCCACUCAUCAUGAAUUGGGAAAACUUGACAUUCAUAUAGAAUUAGAAGAAUUGUUUGCCAGAUAUCUAGGCGUUGAAUCGGUCGUGACGUUUGGUAUGGGUUUUGCCACAAACUCGACAAACAUCGCGACUUUCGCCGGAAAGGGAUGUCUUAUUUUGGGCGAUGAAUACAAUCACGCGUCACUCAAGUCCGGCAGUUAUAUAUCGGGCGCUACUUAUCGCUCAUUUCGUCACAACAAUAUGAAUGAUUUAGAGACAAAAAUUCGUGACUCUAUUGCUUUGGGAGACACAAAGUCGGGACAAAAGUGGAAAAAGAUUGUCAUUAUAGUCGAAGGGGUGUAUAGUAUGGAGGGUUCGAUCGCUAAUCUGCCGGAACUGAUACGACUGAAGAAGAAAUACAAGUGCUAUCUAUACGUAGACGAAGCGCAUAGUAUCGGAGCGAUUGGACCCAAUGGUCGAGGAAUUACCGACUUUUAUGGCUGCGAUCCGAAUGAUAUAGAUUUAUUAAUGGGAACUUUUACCAAGAGUUUCGGCGCGUCGGGCGGUUAUAUCGCUGGUCCGCGACAUGUGAUCGAUCGCAUCCGGGCUUACACUCAGAGCGCUUACGCCACUAAUAUGUCGGCUCCGAUCGCACAGCAAAUCAUAUCAGUUGUCAAAGUGCUUAUUGGAGAAACUGAUGGAACAGAUGGUAUUGAACGAAUCAAUAGGUUGUCUGAAAAUACGAAAUAUUUUCGCAAACGACUAAAAGAGAUGGGAUUCAUAGUGUUGGGACACCCGGAGUCACCCGUUAUACCAAUUUUGCUGUAUUUCCCGGCAAUGAUAUCACCGUUUGUACGGUUGGGUCUAAACCGGGGAAUAGCGACAGUUGGCGCUGGAUAUCCGGCCACUACUCUAACCACAAACAGAAUCAGAUUCUGUAUGUCUUCCGCACAUAACCAACAAAUGCUCGAAAGGGCUCUGAAUAUCAUUAGUCAAAUUGGAGACGAAUUUAACAUUAAAUAUCUGAAAACUUGAUUACAACGGCUUAUAUAACGUUAAUUUCAAUUAAAUAGACACAACAUUUUAUUGUAAUUGUUUCUAAUGUUAAACACAAGUAUUUUUUAAUGUCAUUUGUUUGACGAGAUGUUAUUUAAUGGUAAGUUUGUUAGAAAAGUUCACUAAAACCCCUGUUAUUUAGGAAUGAAAUACAUAUGAAAGACCAAAUGAAAUUAAA